AUGGACGGGGUGAUCUGGCUCAUGUCCCGCUCUCUGCAGUUCUCCUCCUUUCAGGCCUACAAACUGAGGGUCACACACGUGUUCCAGCUGAAGCAGCACAGCAUCCUUGUGUCCGUGGGGCAGGACGAGCAGGGCAUCAACCCUCUGGUCAAGGUGUGGAACUUGGACAAGAGAGACAGUGGAAAUCCACUCUGUACAAGAAUAUUUCCUGCAAUUCCAGGAAAUAAACCAACCGAGGUGUCCUGUAUCAGUGUGCAUGAGAAUCUGAAUUUCAUGGCUAUUGGUUUCACCGAUGGCAGUGUGGUUUUGACCAAAGGAGACAUCACCAGGGACCGCCACAGUAAAACGCUGACCCUGCACGAGGGGGCCAGCCCCGUCACAGGCCUGGCCUUCCGACAAGUGGCUAAAGUCACACACCUCUUUGUUGUCACUCUGGAGAAAGUGUUUAGCUACACACUGUCCAUUAAAGAAUACCCCAAACUAGAACUGGACACUCAUGGAUGUGGUCUUCGCUGUUCCGCACUGGCAGACCCCUCCCAGGAUUCCCAGUUCAUCGUAGCUGGAGAUGAAUGUGUUUACUUAUACCAGCCAGACGAGCGUGGACCCUGCUUUGCCUUUGAUGGAAACAAGCUUUUGGCCCACUGGCAUCGUGGGUAUUUGUUCCUACUCAUCAGAGACUCAAAGUCCCCCAACAACAGGUCAGGGUUUGGGAGCGGCGAAAACUCUCCUUCUGAGAAACAGCUCCUGACGGUUUAUGACCUGGACAACAAGUUUAUCGCCUACAGCGCCUCUUUUGAUGAUGUGAUCGAUGUUGUAGCUGAGUGGGGAUCUUUCUACAUUCUGACCAGAGAUGGGAAGAUGUUUGUGCUUCAAGAGAAAGAUACACAGACUAAGCUCGAGAUGCUGUUUAAGAAAAAUCUGUUUGUAAUGGCUAUAAACCUUGCAAAAAGCCAGCACCUGGAUAGCGAUGGUUUAUCAGAGAUUUUCAGACAAUAUGGAGAUCAUCUGUACCUGAAGGGCGACCACGACGGGGCAAUUCAGCAGUACAUUCGUACCAUCGGGAAAUUGGAGCCCUCCUACGUGAUCAGAAAGUUCUUAGACGCACAGAGAAUACACAAUUUAACGGCGUAUCUACAGGCGCUGCACAGACAGUCUCUGGCCAAUGCUGACCACACCACUCUGCUGCUCAACUGCUACACAAAACUGAAGGACAGCUCCAAACUCGAGGAAUUCAUCAAGACCAGCGAGAGCGAGGUCCACUUUGAUGUCGAGAUCGCCAUCAAGGUUCUACGCCAAGCCAGUUACCACAGCCACGCCGUGUUUCUGGCAGAGAAACACAACCAUCACGAAUGGUAUCUGAAAAUCCAGCUGGAAGACCUGAAGAAUUACCAAGAAGGACUGCGUUACAUCGGCCGUCUGCCUUUUGACCAAGCGGAGAGCAACAUGAAGCGCUACGGCAAGACCCUGAUGCACCACGUCCCCGAAGGCUCCACACAGCUCCUGAAAGGUCUGUGCACCAACUACCAGCCGAGCGGAGACGCCACGGACACCAGCAGCCUGAGCAGAGGCCGCAGUAAUAAGGCCAAUUCCGAAGAGUUCAUUCCCAUCUUUGCCAACAACCCCCGAGAACUGAAGGCCUUCCUGGAGCACAUGAUGGAAGUGGAGCCGCGUUUGUCUCAAGGCGUUUACGACACUUUACUGGAGCUGCGGCUACAGGACUGGGCCCACGAGCGAGACCCUGAGAGGAAGAAGGUCCUGCAGGGGGAGGCCUUGUCCCUGCUGAGGAGCGACCACACCGUGUUCGACAAGGCUCUGGUUCUGUGUCAGAUGCACAACUUUAAGGAAGGCGUGCUCUAUCUUUAUGAAAAGGGCAAACUGUAUCAGCAGAUCAUGCACUACCACAUGCAGAACGAGGAGUACGGGAAGGUGGUGGAGGCUUGUAAGCGCUUUGGGGACCAGGACUGCUGUCUGUGGGAGCAGGCUCUGGGAUACUUUGCCCGAAAAGAAGAAGACUGUAAAACCUACAUCAGUGAAGUCCUCCAGCACAUAGACCAGAAGAACCUCAUGCCUCCGUUACUGGUGGUACAGACGCUGGCGCACAACUCCACUGCCACACUGUCGGUCAUUAAGGAUUAUCUCAUCACCAAACUCCAAAGGGAAAGCCAGCAGAUCGAGAACGACGAGCGCAAGAUCCAGCAGUACCGCGAGGAGACCGCCCACCUGCGUGCAGAGAUAGAAGAGCUGAAGACGAGUGCCAAGAUAUUUCAGAAGACAAAGUGCAACAUGUGCAACAGCCCCUUGGAGCUUCCCUCUGUCCACUUCCUGUGCAGCCAUUCUUUCCAUCAGCACUGUUUCGAAAGCUACGCAGAGAGCGAGGCAGAAUGUCCCACUUGCACUCCGGAAAAUCGCAAAGUCAUGGACAUGCUGCGUGCCCAAGACCAGAAACGAGACCUGCACGACCACUUUAAUAAUCAGUUGCGAGCGUCCAAUGAUGGCUUCUCUGUGGUGGCCGACUACUUUGCUCGAGGCGUCUUCAACAAGCUCACUCUGGUGACCGACCCACCGGGCAGUAAGGGUGUGGGCAGUCUGGAAGUGAACCUACAGAGAGACCUUCUGAUCCACACCAAGAGGAACAACUAG